CUCUGUUUGCCUCUCUGUGUUUAACCUGAGUUAUAAUGUGCAACACUUUCGCUUCUGAGACGUAAACGCACUUAGGUUUCUGUUCCAGCGGCAAUAAAUUGGCUCCGAGUCGCCCCUGUACUGUACUCACCUGAUAGAUGAAGAACUGAAGACAUGGCUCCAACACUGUUUGAGAAUAGUGCAAAGCCCGGGGACCUGAUCCAGAUCUCACGUGGGACAUAUGAGCACUGGGCCGUCUACAUCGGUGGAAAUGAAGUUGUUCAUUUGAUUCCCCCCUGCGCUGAUGAUUCCGACACUUUUAGUAACAUGUUAAUGCUCCUGGAUAGCAACACAGCACAGGUGAGGCGUCAGAAGAUCUGGGAAGUGGUUGGCUCCCAUGAAUUCAAAAUCAACAACCUCCUAGAUGGCGAGUGCCAGCCUCGUGAGCGCCACAUCAUCGUGAGAGAGGCCUGUAGCAUGGUGGGCCGGGAGCUGCCGUAUUCACUCACCACUCACAACUGUGAGCACUUUGUCACAGAGCUACGAUACGGCAAGCCAGAGUCUCAACAGGUUCAAACAGCAGCUGUGAUUGGAGGCGUUGCUGCAGCAGGUGUAGGCAUUGUGGCUUUGGGUGCCACUCUGUUUGCUUUGCUCAAAGAUGACAACAAAAAGAGACGUCAUAAGUGACAGCAAUGAGACAGCGAGAUGAAAGGAAAGAUCUUGCCAUUGUUUGAGUCAAUUCCCCUGACAGUGUUUUUGAUUUAAAAUCAACUUUGGCACAUGCGCAAACUGAAAAAAAUGUCUUUUCUUGGUGUAUCAGUCAAUACACAAAAAAAAUACAACCCUGGAUAGGAUGAGGCAAGCUGGUGUUGAGAAAAAUAAUGUAAUCCUGUAGGUAUCAUAAUGGCCCUUAUAGUGUUAUAUGUCUGAUAUCAGUGCUCUCAGUGGGCGAGGUUCACUCAAACAUGGCUGUUUGUUUAAUGUCUGAAAUGUAUAUUACAUGAUUCAUUUGCCAGAUAAGACAGUUGUAAGACUUUUUCCUAAUUCAAGUGACAAGGGAAGUAAUUUUAUUUUAAGACUUUAAUUUAUAAACUGUAAAUACAAUAAAACUGUGCAUUUUUACAAGAGCCAUUCAUUAUAUUUUUGCUAUGUGUUUAAGCAAUUAAUCAUUAACCAAUUCUUCAAUGUAUGUUAACUGUAUUAAUUUGUGUAACAAACACUUUUUAUUAUCUUUAUUUUACAUACUGUGUACUUUUGUUUGUACUAUUCAUCCCCACAAAACCCCAGAAUCCAAACCAAUACUCCAUGAAAUUAAUAUUACUAUUUUCUUCGCAACAAUCAUGAUUGACAGAGAGGUACUGAGAGCAAAAACAGAAGGCAUAAUGGUGAAAAGGGGGACAGAGGCAGCAAAGAGUAAAAGGAGAACACUGAGUAAUGUUUUUCUUACGGCCUAGUUAUGAGCUUAAAGGGUGUUUAUCCCCCGUCCUCUCUGUGCCAGCAUUGUGCUGUAUUACAAUCUACCACUGUUCAUAUGUGGACCCUCGUUACAGCCGAGGCAGGUGGGGAAGAGCAGAUUCACACAAGACCAUGUGAUCUACAUGGUGUGUGUGUGUGUGUGUGUGUGUGUGUGUGUGUGUGUGUGUGUGUGUGUGUGUGUGUGUCUACCUUCUCAUUCCUCUAUCCUUGUGAGGACCAUUUACACGUUCAGACCUUAAGAGUGAGGACAUUUGGGAAAGUUGAUUUUGGAUGUUGGGGCUGUUUUGUGUUUAAGGCUGCCCUUAAGGUUUAGGUUCAGGUUUAGGUUAAGGUAAGAGUUAGGGUUGUGAUGGUUAAGGAAGUCAAUGUGGGUCCUCACAAGUAUCAAAGUACAAAAAGUGUGUGUGCACAUUGGCAGCUGAUUUUACUGUGGCUAUCGAAGUGUGUGUCUGCCUGUGUUUAUAAAUGUAUGUGUAUGGACUGACAGCUGAGUAAAGGAUCAUCGUAACGUACCCCCCUACACACGGCUCCUCCUCCCCCAGCUGGACACCCAUGAAGGAUCAGACAGGCCUGCCCCGCAAAAAAUAAAUGUGCUUUUUGCA